AUAUUUACGUUAUAAUACUUUAUUUUUGUGAUAAAUUACAUUAAAAAUUAUACAUAUUGGACUGCCACGUAUCAUCCGUGAUUCUUCGUGUUCCCGCUGGCGGCGCCACAGCGCUGCCCUCGACACGGAUAGAGGAGUUACCCGUCUCAUUAGCAGUUCGUCAAUCACCGACCCGUUCAAUCUUCGCCCGCGUAAGCGCGAGAAAUGUCGCGACUGCUCGCGAAGUGCGUGAAACCGUGUUCGCGUCCCGUCCGCGCCCGUUGCACGCGAUAAUAUCCAUCUCGCUGUCUCUCGUACCGCCCGUUCGGCCCGGACGGCUGCGUUAUCACGCGGAACGCUCGCUUUUCCCCAGCCGCAAUUUUCACACUCGCGAGAGUGAUGCACUGUGGGCCAGCAAUGGUGGGCGCGUGAUUUUGAACAAUUCGAGCUAUCGAAGGAACGCGCAGGUACGUGUUUACCGGACGACGGGAUACGCGCGACGCUGAUUCUGCGCCGCUUCCUCGGGACGUCCGCCGUCCGGGAUAUCAGCCGACGGACGGGAUCGAGGUGCCGCGUCGCGGAUCACGGUCCGUGAUUUCCCUCGAUUCGACCCUCGGCUCGGUGGCCGCUCGUCCCCUUCCCCUCCCCCUUUCCCACGUCGCUCUCUGCCGAUCGCGGAAACUCCGUUUGAGGUUAGGUCGCGCGCCGUUUUAGCUUCGCGCCGUCGCGCGCGACAGCCUCCGCGACGUUCCGCCCGUCGCCGUGUCACGCGUCGUGGCGCGGACAACUCGUCGGACUGGCGCCGUCACGCCGCCCACGAACGAAUUGUCGCGUGCGCGCUCGAAAAUCCGCCUCGCAAAAAUGGCGCGUAUCGCCGUGAAGUCAUGGCGCUGAUGUUCCACGACGGCUUCGCGCGAGGAACUCCGUUUAUUUCCUUUUUUUUUCCUCCCUUUCCUUUCCCUGCCCUGGUCGAUCUUUCCUUCUUGUCCGGCGCGUUCGAAUCCGUGUCCCCGCGUUCAACGUAUUCGAAUCGCGCUCGCGGCAAAUUUCAUUCGAGUGAAACACGAUCGACGAUUGUCCCGCGAUUUUUCAAAAGGCGCAACUCCGUCGGAUUUAAAAUCACUCCCCGGUUUCGAGCGAAUGCUUGAUUGUUGACCACGUUGACAGCGAGUGACGAAAUCGUGGCGAAAUCGUGGCGAUUAGAUUACAAAUGAUCGAAGCCGUCGAUAGAUCGUGCGUUUGAAUAAGUAAACAAAAUUCUGUUUUUGUGGUAAAGUGAAAUAAAUGUUUGGACUCUUUUUUUUGUCUCUUUGACGAUCGUGUAUACAUGUAUUAUCGUCAUGUCCACUAAUAAAGGACAAAAUGCGAGAGCUCUAGUGGAGCCUCUGGCUUUAGAUUCGCGUACGUUAGGAGAUGGCGAUCUCAGUGCACUGAGCUUAUCUCAUAGUGGCGAGCAAUAUACAUCGAAUGAUUUUGAUGACUUUGCAAAUAUUCAAGCAGAGUUGGAGUGUAUAAAUCCAGAAAGUGUUAUGACAGACGACGACCGGAUAGUACUCGAGCGGAAUAUUGAGACUGAAACGAUAGUACCUGAUGUGGAGAUGACUGAAAUUUCCGAGCAAGUACAGGCUGAGCACAUUUACACAAUGGCCAAUCAGAAUAGCCAGAAUAUUGUGUUCCAAACGAAGCCCACAUUGCAGAGAGUACCUGUGUCGGCGGUUCAGAUGAAACCAAAUCUCUGCCAGACCACACAAAGUCAGUCGAUUAUGAUAGUGUCGCCUGCAAGUGGACAAGGCACUAGCCAAAUACUGAAGAUAUCGCACCCACCGACGGCUUCGGCCGAACAAUUACAGUCUUUAGCUCAGACUCUAAUUACUGGCAAAUCUGCAGAUGGAAGCGUUGUACAGUUGAGAGCCACUCAGCCCACCAAGUCCAUCGCAACAACUAAUGCCUCUGGGAACAUCACAAUCAGUAAUAUGCAGAACGUUAAGAUUUCGCAGCCACCGCUGAAACGAACGACACAGAACGUUUCACAAGGACGUAAUGUAUAUACGAAAAUGAUAUUAACGGGUAAUCAAUCACAAUCUGGGACUCAACAGGUUCUCAUCACGACCUCGCAAAGCGAGAAUCAAUCGACUCAGGGAAUUAAAUUUAUUAAUAAUAGUUCUACUUACGGCAGCCCUACGAAAAAUAUAACAUUGACACAAAUGGGCAUACUGUCUACCAAUAAACAACAUAUUUUACCAUCGUCUUCUCCGAAGCAGGGUAUGAUAUUGAACAAAUUGUUACAAUCUUCGACAUCUCAACCAUCAAAGGUGACCAUAGUACCAACAAAUACUGUAAAAUCACCAACAAAAAUUCUUCCUGCACCUAUGACUAUUCAAGCUAAAUCUUCGACAACGACAAAUCAACAGCCAACAUUUGUCUCGACCAAGUCAACUGUACAACAAAAUCCGAAAGUGAUCAUUAGACAGAGUUCUUUGAAACCUGGUAAUGUACUUGGAAGUGGACAGGUCAUUAGAAUACCUGCCAACCAGAAUAUUGUGACUGGAUCAAAUCAAGUUCAUCAAAUUCAAAUGUCCGGAAGACAAGUGCAAUAUGUGAGAUUAGUUAGUACUCCUUCAACAGGAUCUACUAAUGUCGUUACCGUAGGCAAAUCGAAGGCUAACACGACACUUCAGACUGUAGGUAUCGGUCAGAAAAUAGGAAAUCAACAACAAAUCGUAAAGGUUGUACCGCUGAAUACCGGAAGUCAAUCUUUGCGGACCGUUGCCCCGAAGGCAACGCUGACAACUAGUAGUCAAAAAUUGCUUAUACCGACAGCGACUGCGGCUGCUGUUGGCGGUCAGUCGAAGAGUGCAGUGGCAAUUCCCGCGUCAGCAUUGAGUCAGUUAGCGUCGGGACAAGCAGUUUUGUCAACCACUCCGAAUGUUGGAAACAUCGUUGUUCUACCUGCUCAAUUGAUUCAACAACAGUCAACAGAUGAAGUAAAGUUGAAGUCCCUCCAAACAGCACCAGGUCUCUUGGGAAGUUCGCAAAGUUCUACAGCAACUCUGUGCGUGAUUGAGGGAAAGAAUUCACAAAGAGGAGUUUACAGUACUGUAGAACCGAACGGAAUCAGGCCAAGAAAGCCGUGCAACUGCACGAAAUCACAGUGUCUUAAGCUUUAUUGCGAUUGCUUUGCGAACGGUGAAUUUUGUCACAUGUGCAAUUGCAACAAUUGCUCGAACAAUCUUGGAAACGAAGAGGAACGACAACGCGCGAUUAAAUCCUGUUUGGAGCGUAAUCCUAACGCCUUUCGGCCUAAAAUUGGGAAAGGCCGUGAGACUGGCGAAGAUAUAAGGAGACACAAUAAAGGCUGUAAUUGUAAACGUAGUGGUUGUCUUAAGAAUUAUUGCGAAUGUUACGAGGCAAAAAUCCCAUGUUCUGGAAAUUGUAAGUGUAUAGGUUGUCGCAACAUUGUGGAUCCAAUACUACAGAAGAAAUCACUAAAAGAUUUGGCGGAAGCAGCCGAAGUUAAAACAACUCAACUUAGUUUAAAUAAAGCGCAGUUACAAUUGUCCGAAAUGGCUUUCAGACCUCCUGCAACAUCUAAUACUGGUACAAGACAACCAUUUAAUUUUCUGACGGAAAAAGUAGUAGAGAUGACAUGCCAAUGUUUAAUGGCGCAAGCCGAUGAAGCAGAACGUAAUAUGUUCGACGAUGAAACGUCCCAACGUCUUAUCAUUGAGGAAUUUGGUCGAUGUUUAAAGGAGAUCAUCGAGUCAGCGCACAAAGCUGAAGCUACUUAGCAGGUAGCUUGAGGUAGAGUUGUGCAUUUAAAUUAUAAUAAUCUACAUCUAUGUGUAGGCAACAAACAAUGUAUAUGAUGUCAUCUAUGUAAACGACGAAUAAUCUAUGACUAUUGUGCAAAAUUGAAUUGGAAACAUUUUUUGUGUUAAAUAUUCCUGUUUAUAUUUCAAAAUUUAUGAACUAGAAAUUUAAUUUAUAAUAACUCGUUACAAUGCUACGAAAGUUGAAUAAAGUUGUUCUCUGAUUA